AUCUGGCGCCUCCGAUGGGCUCCCGCCCCCCCCCCCUUUUCCCCUCCUCUCCUAGGUGGCAGGAAAUGAUGGCAAACAGCGAUCUGAAAUGAUUACUCCGGGGGAAAAAAUCCUUUUAUACCAGGAGAGCAUCGUCCAUCGGGUUCCGCAGAGAAAGGAGGCGAUUGCUCGCACAGAGCGAGAGAUCCCUUUCGCCUCGGACACUGACUAGCGAUCUAGCCAGCGAGCAUUCCCAGCCCCCACUGCUCUGCCCCUGCGAGCUGGACCCAUUAUGCCGGACGAAGCCACCGACACCACCAAUUCUGCCUCCUCCCGGGUCUCGUCUUUUUUUAUCGAGAAUUUGCUGGGGACCGAGGGGAAAGAGAGCCGAGAGGAGAGGACACAGGAGAGCGCGGAGGAUGGCCACAAAGAGACGCGGUCGCACAGCGGAAUAGCCGGCAGCCAUUGCGCUCAGGUCUGCUGCCAAGUCUCUCCUUUUGGGUUCAGUUCACAGAGCUGUCCUCUCAGGGAAAGUACACUGGAGUGGUACAGAAGAGCUCACGCUAGUUUUAUAGGAUCCACCAGUCCAGACACCAGUGACCGAGACUCCCCCGAGAUCGCCGAGGACGCAUCCGCGGGGAGGCCAGGGGGCUGCAGGAAACAGGCGAAGGAGCUGGGCUCUGCCGAGAGGAGAGAGGAGUUUGCUUGCUGCAGCACCAGCAGGGAGGAGGACGACAAAGCCGAGGAGCCGGACUCCGCCGAGCAGAGAGCCGCGGGCCGCAAGAAGAAGACCCGCACGGUCUUCAGCCGGAGCCAGGUCUUCCAGCUGGAAUCCACCUUCGACAUGAAGCGCUACCUGAGCAGCUCGGAGCGGGCCGGCCUGGCGGCCUCCUUGCACCUCACCGAGACCCAGGUGAAGAUCUGGUUCCAGAACCGCAGGAAUAAGUGGAAAAGACAACUGGCUGCGGAUCUGGAAGCGGCCAACGUCUCCCACUCCGCUCAAAGGAUAGUAAGGGUGCCCAUUUUGUACCACGAAAACUCGCCUGCAAGUGCUUUAGGCUUCACCUUGCCUCACAUGUCUCCUCCCCUGGUGGGGUUUUCUAACGCUGUCAGCUACCCCCUGGCCUCCUUCCCUGCCGCCUCAGUCCCGUUUCUGAGAUCGCAAAUGACAGGGCUCGUUUGAGAAUCCAUCUUUGCAAGGACCUUUUUUUCCCGGCUCUGCUCCACUUUUCCCCUCCCCCCUAUCAGCCCCAUUGCCCUUCCUCCAAACUUCUUAUUUCGACUUAUACAGUUCUUGAUUUUAUGCUUUUGAAUUUUAAAACGUGCAAUAAAGAUACUUUGGGGGUGCCUAUAAAAGCAAGAGAAGGAAAGCCAUCAACACAGUGUCUGUCACCAGGAUGUCUAUGCCUGUCACGUGCCCAAAGAAAAUACAGUUGUGUGGAAUAGAGUCUUUCCACGCCACCUUGCAAAUGAUCCGUUUAAAAAUCGUAGAUUUAGACAGCAGAAAUAAUAACCCCGACGAUUCGAUUUGUUAAAUAGACUUUCGUUUUCCUUGACCGAAAUGCUCUUUUUAGCGAACCCUAACACGUGGUCUUUGCUGAGCAUGAGACGAAUGUAAAGAACGUUACAAAUUUUGCCAUGACAAUGGCACAAUUUAAUACGGGGGGGGAAGUGUGUGACACCCUCCUUUUGGGUUAAAUCCUGCAAUCUUACUGGGAUGGAAGAUGAAUGAAGGUUGAGAAAGGGCUUCAGAAUCUAUCCCAGAAUCGUCUUUCGACAUUUCAUAAAACUACAAGGUUUAGACGAAAGAGUCAAGUGUUUGGGAAGUCGGAAGGCUCUUUGGUCACAGUAAGUUGUGAGAGGGACAUAGCCCAUCAAUUAGGCACACCCACACUAGCAGGUAUACGAGGCUGGAUUCGGCCGGCUUUGGUCACUCGGCUGUAUUAUUUUAUUCUUUAAAAAGCCAUUACUUUUUAAUGUUGAGCUGGCUAUUUCCAAGCAUUCACCGGACGCCCUCUCCCCAGUCCCCGCAAUCUGGCCACAGUCUUGAUAUUGCCUGUUUAAUAAGUAAAGAUCAUUUGUAGUUUCCAUAUUUUGAUGAUCUUCUUUGUUAAAAAUGUCGAAAGCAUAUGAUAAAAUAUCUGCUGACUAUUUCUAAAAAUGCAUGGGUUUUUUUUUUAAACAAUUCCGCAGAAAACCUUUCAACUACUUCACUCAGGUACAAUUCUUAUCAGAGGGACAGUUCCUUCCCCUUUAGAACAGUCGAGUAAAAACCAUUUUAAGAAUACUGUAUUUCAGCACCCGCUGAGGACCAAAGGAUCUGUUUCCCACUUGUUUUGGUCUCCUGACAAAUCUAAAGAAAACACAGCGCAGCUUUAGCCCUUUCUCAUAUGGGAAGCUGAGAUUCUCGCUAGUUUUGUGUAAUUGAUGAAUUGUUGGCACUGGCAAUGAAAACAAAUCAAAUGUCCCCAGCCUGGGAAAUUGUAGCUUUAGUUACACAAGCUAAACUGUAAUGCGAUAUUAUAUCAAGUAUUAUGCAUGCCUAAACUAUUUUCCCCUUUAAGAGCUUUUAUUUUUCUCUCUCUCUAUCCACGGCUAACAUUAAUACGGGGAUCAGUUAUUAUUCCUGAAGGCUAGGAUUCCUUCCCGAUGUUCUGAAUUUAAAAAGGGGUGGGAGGGAAAGACUUUGUAAAACUCAGUUUUGGGGAAAGGUCAAGCUUUGAUCCUGUAUAUUAUGGUAUAAUCAGAUGUAAUUUAAUCUACCAGCUCGGAGCACUAUCUGGCUGUGUAGGGAGCACAGAUCCGGGGUGUGUUUUGGCGUAUACAUGUGUGGCCCUUUCCUCUGUAAAGAAAGCCAGUGUUCACUCUUAUUUAUGGUCUUAAAUUAUAUUUUCGACAGGCUAGUCUUAUUUCUUGUUAUGAGAUCAAAUAGUAAUGGAGAGUAACCUAUGAUACAAACCGGGAAGAAUGCCUUGUUCUGGCUAUAACGUUUCGAUAUUUUGCUCUCUCCAGCCUAAAACAUAACCCUCUGAGCCAUUUCCCCCAAAUGAAUUAAGAACACUAGCAGCAUCAAGAUUAAUCCACCCAAGAGACAAUCCGGUUUAUGAGACAAUGCUAACUUUUCCUAUUGUUCUUUUCCAUUCGAGGUUAGCCUAAUAUUUAUGGUAGCCCCUAUUUCAAUACUUGUGAACUUCCUUUACUAGCUCAAAGACAUCGUCACUAGUUUUCAUUUGCAUGGCAGCUGAACACUUGUAUGAAAAUCUCCUGCCACGUUGGUGGGAAUUAGGCUAAACUAUCGUUCUCGGUUACAGACGAGGGUAGAGGGGAUUUGAGGCGAUGAGGUUUUGGAACCCAGUCGAUAAUAAACAAACCUCCAGCUGUGAAGAUCAGAUCGGAAUUGGCAUUGGCUAUUUGGUAUGAAAAAGACAUUAUUGUUGGGGGAGGGAGACUAUUUAUUGCCUAUGCAACACGUGUUAUUAUUUCGCAAUAUUUGCUUUGAUUACGUUCCAGACACAGGUUUAGAUGGAAGAGAGGCAGACAGACAGAUGAUUUCCCCCGUUAUGUACAACUUCAUCAAUCGCUCAGUGUUCCCGACUGGAGUAAAUUAUGAUUCACAACAAUCAUAUCGGAGUAGAUUGUAAUCCGUCGUGCUACUUAACCACCUGCCACUGCCCACAUGGCAUUUCUUUUCACUAAUGUAUGAGAUGAUGACUAUACUUCUGAUUCUACUCCAUAUUCUUUUCUGAAGGCAGGCCUACAUGAUCGAUCCGAUUUUUUUUUUUAAAAUGUGGUUUUGGCAUGAGUUUGUUUUUUAAAGACGUGCUGAUUUCAUCAAUAAACAGAUUUUUUUCA